AUGGAUGAGCACGACCGGCCGGUCCCUGACAAGACAACCCUCGAGAGGCUCGGACGAGAGCGUCCUGCCACCUUUCCAAACAAAUGGAUCGAGCUGUGCUUCUGCUUCUCGCUGCUCGCCUCGGAGCUGCUAGCUGAAUUCUUCAUUAGCGGAUUCAACAACCUCCUCCCUCAUAUAACAACUGCUCUCGAUAUACCCCCUGCCUCGCAGACUUGGCCAGCUAGCGUUUUCUCCCUCGUCACCGGCUCUUUCUUACUCCCCGCCGCCCGUCUGGCUGACAUCUACGGUGCCCGUCUAAUUUUCAAUAUCGGUCUUGUCUGGCUUAUAAUAUGGUCGUUUAUUGCGGGAUGGAGCAAGAACUACAUAAUGCUCAUUGUGUGCCGAGCACUGCAGGGACUAGGCCCGUCCAUGUUCCUGCCUGCCGGUGUCAUGCUCAUUGGGAGUAUAUACCGGCCGGGGCCACGCAAGAACUUGGUGUUUAGUCUGUAUGGAGCAUUUUCGCCAAUUGGGUUCUACUCUGGGAUAUGCGUCAGUGGGUUGACGGGCUUCUAUCUGACGUGGAGAUGGUAUUUCUGGAUUGGCACCAUCAUGACCCUCGUCGUGUUGAUUGUAUCGUCGCUCUCGAUGCCGAAGAUUCGACUUCCUUCUCAAGUAUCGACCCUUAGAAUGGACUGGUGGGGAUGUCUUACUAUUGUCCCUGGGCUGGUGUUGAUUAUCUUUACCUUUACUGAUGGAUCUCAUGCUCCGGACGGGUGGAAGACCCCGUAUGUUAUCGUCACCUUCAUUGUUGGCGUCGCCCUUAUCUGUGCAGCAGUCUAUAUUGAAGGCUGGGUUGCAUCUCAGCCAUUACUCCCACCUGAUAUCUUCAAGGUCAAAUACCUGACCCCUCUCUUCUUCGCUCUCUCCUUCUCAUACGGCGUGUUCGGCGUAUACCUCUUCUAUGCCAGCUUCUACAUUCAAAACAUCCUCGGCCACAACUCUUUAAUCUCCGCCGCCUGGUUUGCCCCCAUGGCCGCCGGCGGUCUUAUCCUCGCCACAGUCGGCGGGUUCACCCUGCACCUGUUACCAGGAAAGCUACUCAUGCUAAUAUCUGGUGCCGGUUAUCUCGUCUCGAUGCUUUUGUUCGCCAUUAUCCCUGAAGAUCCAAACUACUGGGCCUACGUUUUCCCAGCAAUGAUCGCCGCAACUGUCGGUACAGACAUUGGCUACAGCGUCAGCAACAUCUUCAUCACGACCUCCUUACCGCAGAACAGACAAGGUGCAGCAGGUGCAAUCAUCCAUACUAUCGUGUUUGUAGGGAUUAGUUUCUUCCUCGGCCUGGCCGAUCUAGUUGCCGCUCAGACAAAGAACCUCGGAGAGGCAGGGAGCUAUAAAGCGGCGUUUUGGUUUGGAGUUGCUUGUUCAGGGGUUGCUAUUGUUUUAUUGUCUUUUAUCCGGCUUGGAAAGGCAGCGAGCGAGCUUACUGUUGAGGAGCGAAAGCAGCUCGAAGAGUUGACAGAUGGGCCAGGGGUCCGUCAAUGA